UACACGAUAUACAAUUUUUUAUUGCAUUUAGAAAGUCCUAAUUGAUAUUAUUUGUUUAUAUUAUUUCUUGUAAUUCUUGCUCCAAAAUUGUAUUGAUGGUCCCAUAUAUGAACGAUCCCGUACGGUAAUAUUGAACAGCUGAUCGUGCAACCUAUCCAUUUAGUAUAACCUGCAGGUCUUUUGUAAGACGUGUUCUUUUUGAUUAAAUAAGUUCAAAGUAUCACAUAAAAGAGUUCGUUUUUUAGCUAUGUUUUGGAUAAGAUAUAUUUCAAGAAAUAGUCAAGUAAAAUCAAGCAUGUUCGAUGAAUGCUCAUUAAACUUGCUUGAUUAUUUUGACAUUUAAAUGAUGACACUAAAUAAUGUGCAUGAUUUGUGUAUCGUAUUAUUUUGACGGCGUAUUCAAUGGUAUACAGAACCUUGACAGUUCAGUAACUAAUUGCAACAUCUUUUUCAUCCAAGGCAGAUGCUUAAUGUUUCAAGAAUGGAUAUCACAUUGGAUGACAGACUGGACACGUUCCAACAGAUAAGUCAGAGAAGAUUUAUUGAAAUCUUAGAUUCAAUUCCUGGUCGGAAGGACUUAAUAAUUGAGCAUAAGCUAAUGAAGUUAUUAGAUUGUUUUAUUGGUGUUACUGUACUAAGACGUCAUGGUGUCGACAAGAUCUUUAAAAUGGAGCAAGGACUGAACCCUGCAAACACACAACGUAUUUUUAUUGUAUCUUGUGAUCUCAUUGCCUGUAAACGAGUACUUGAUCAAAUACAGUCUGAACAGACACAGUCAAGAGGUUUAUCCCAUCAUUUACUGGUAGCUCCACUGGUACCUGCAGUUUUAUAUUCACUCAUCGAAGAAGAAGGUCUUGCUGGACUCGUAAGCGUCCGUUCACUGUCCUGGGAAUUAAUACGUAUUGACGAAAAUGUUCUAUCUCUGGAGAUGCCCAUGUUUUCUGAUCUUUACUAUCACAAGGAUGGUGGUCUCUUACCAGCUUUGGCAAGGAGCUUAUGGUCGCUACAACUAUUAUUGGGUCAACCAAAGCUCACAGUAUCCCUUGGAAAAUACAGUAAACAGACACUGACUAUGAUGGAAUCCAUGGAGGAGUCAUUGCCUCAUUCAGGCGUAGAUAAUCAAUUAGGAGCUUUAAUAUUAAUGGACAGAAACUAUGACCUAGCCCCUGCCCUUUUAACACCAGUCACUUAUUUGGGCCUGCUGAGUGAAGUACUUGAAAUAAAUACAGGCACAGCAGUGCUAGGUAAUUCGCAAACAAAAUUAGAUCCCAGGAAGGAUCAUGUCUACAGCGAAGUAAGGGAUAGACAUUUUAGUGAUGUUUUUCCAAUUCUGCGCGGUCAGGCUAAGUCUCUUAAAUCUGAACAGGAAGCUACGCAAACCAUGAAACUGGCAGAAAUGGAACGUUACGUGACUACAAAAUUGCAGAAGACAACAGAAAUAAAGCGACAAUUGUCUUUUCACAUUUCUGCCUGUGAGGCUAUAGUCGGUGCACUAGGAUCAGCAUUUGAAAUUCUUCAGUCUAUAGAGAAGUCUAUACUGGAAUGCCAUGGCAGAAAAGAAUGCUUGGAUUACAUAGAAAAAAAUAUCGACGAUUAUCCCUUGAGGAGCCUCCGUCUUCUGUCUUUACUCUCUAUCACCAGUGAUGGAGCAACGCACUCAGAAUUGCAAUCAAUUCAAAAGUCACAUCUUCAUGCCCAUGGCUAUCAGAAUAUACCAUUAUUCAACAAGAUGGCCAAUUCGGGCCUAUUACGUUACAGAACUGAGAAUUUCCUUCACAAGCUGCCAAAUUGGGCCAGUGAAUGGACCGCAGGAGCACAACGUCUUAAAUUAUUACCAAGUCAAUCAAAACGAUUGGAUCUGAAAGCUCCUAUGUGUCCCAGCUACGUUUACAGUGGCGCAUAUAUCCCAGCUAUAGCACAACUAGCAAACAUCGUCCUAUCUCAAGAUACGGAUCGCAAAAGUUUCGAUGACUUAACAAAUUUACCCGAAUGUACCAUAAGCGGCCUACGUGGCCCGGUGCAACCAAAAACCAUAGUACUUUGUAUUGUGGGAGGGAUAACCUACGGAGAAAUAUCGGCUUGUCGAUUAGUGGAAAAAUCAACAGGCACACGAAUCGUCCUAGCUUCAGAUUCUCUCGUGACAGGAAAUAAACUUAUCGAAACGAUACAAAAUAUAUAAAAGCACUGUAAACACUAUACAUUACACGGUGUAUUUGUUAUGCAGAGAUACUUUCAAAAAGUAUUAAAGUUAUUUUUUUCAAAUGAA